UCGUGUUUUCUGAGUUUUCAUUUUAGAAUCAUCACAAGGAUAAAGAGUUUAACGAGGAAUAAUUUCACUUUUCAAUUUAAGACACUUUGAAGAACGCGAAGAAAACUAUUCUAGGAUUAGGGAAACUCAAGAAAUUUUAAUUUCUAGAUUAACGUAAACCAGUCUUAAUUUUAAAGUAUACAGUAUCAUCAAACCUUCUCAAGAUGCUCUCUUCCCUAAGAAGGCUUGUAUUGAAUCCUAUAUCUGCAGUAAGAACCCUGCAAACUAGUGCUGUUAGUAGACAUGAUGCUCUGUUUGUGCACCGAGACUCGGAUGAUAACAAUCCAGAUGUCAAGUUUGAUUUCACUCCGGAUAACAUGAAGAGAGUGGAGGCUAUCAUGAGUAUCUACCCCGAGGGCCACAAGCGUGCAGCCGUGAUUCCUCUACUGGACCUGGCGCAGCGCCAGCACGGGUGGCUGCCCAUCUCCGCUAUGCACAGAGUCGCAGACAUACUCAGCAUGCCCAAGAUGCGGGUGUACGAGGUGGCUACGUUCUACACCAUGUUUAUGAGGAAGCCUAUUGGGAAGUAUCACGUACAGAUCUGCACCACUACUCCGUGUUGGCUGCGAGGCUCUGACGACAUUCUCAACUGUAUCAAGAGCAAGCUUAACAUUGAGGUUGGAGGGACAACUAAGGACAACUUGUUCACGCUGUCAGAGGUGGAAUGUUUGGGAGCCUGUGUCAACGCUCCAAUGGUCCAGAUCAAUGAUGACUACUACGAGGAUUUAAGUGUCAAGGACACUGAAGAAAUCUUGGAUGAUCUGAAAGCUGGAAAGAAACCUAAACCUGGACCAAGAAAUGGCAGGUUUGCAGCCGAGCCGAUCGGUCAACUGACCUCACUGAAGGGAGAACCCCCAGGUCCGGGCUUCGGAGUGCGAUCCGACCUAUAAACUCUAGAUCCAACAAAUCAAUAGUUUAAAUUUGUAACACUAAAUGUAAAUAAAAUGUUAAUGAACUGUUCAA